CCGAAGUAAAAAAUAAAGCCAAAAUGAAACCAAUGCUAAUCGUUGGCUUCUUGGCUCUGUGUGUUCUGACCAGAGCUGAAGAUGCCAAGAAAACAGCGGCAGGUGAUUCCGCUACUCAAGUCGAUGCUGCCAGUACAGUCGAAAAGAAACAGGAGAAACGUGGCAUAAUUCAUGGUGUUGGUCACGGUUACGGUGGAGGUUACGGUGGUGGUUACGGCCAUGGCGGUGGCGGCGGAGGUGGCGGCGUUGUCUUGUUGGGAGGCGUUGGAGGCGGCGGUUAUGGCGGCGGUUAUGGCGGCGGUGGAGGCGGGGGUGUUUUAGUUGGCGGUGGCGGUUUAGGUGGUGGCGGUUUUGGUGGCGGCGGUUUUGGUGGCGGCGGCGGGGCUAUACCUACCAAUGUCCAAGUCAACACUGUGGUACGUAGUGUUCCAGUGCCCUACCAAGUGGAACGUCGCAUUCCUGUAGCGGUGGAACGCACUGUAACUUAUCCCGUUCAAGUUCCAGUUCCAGCUCCCUAUCCAGUUGAGAAGACUGUUACAUAUCCUGUAAAGGAAAUAGUUAAAGUGCCCGUGCAUAUACCGCAACCUUAUCCAGUGGAGAAGACUGUUCAUGUUCAUGUACCAAUUAAAGUCGACCGUCCUUAUCCCGUUAAAGUACCAGUUCCCGCUCCCUAUCCCGUAGAAAAAAUUGUUCAAGUACCUGUGAAAGUUCCUGUACCACAACCCUACCCAGUGGAAAAAGUUGUUCAGGUGCCAGUACAAGUACCCGUUCAUGUGCCACAACCUUAUCCCGUUGAGAAGGUUGUACAAGUACCUGUACAAAUCCCUGUUGAUCGUCCUUAUACCGUGCAUGUCGAGAAACCAGUGCCAGUACCUGUUGAGAAACCAGUACCUUAUACAGUCGAAAAGAAAGUCACGGUUCCUGUUCAUGUUCCUGUUGAGCAUCCGGUACCAGUACCAGUUGACCGCCCAGUUGCUGUUCCGGUUAAAGUGCCUGUACCUAAACCUUAUCCUGUGGUUAAAGAAAUCCCAGUACCUGUCGUGCGUCCUGUGCCUUAUCCGGUUAAAGUGCCUGUAGAACGCCCAGUCCCCGUCCACGUUGAGCAACAUGUCCCCGUACCCGUUGAAAAGCCUGUGCCUUAUAAGGUGCCAGUACCGGUACCUGUUCACUUGGAAAGUCAUGUCGGUUCCGCUGUUGCGGUAGGCUACGGCGGCGGCUAUGGAGGCGGCUACGGUGGCGGCUAUGGAGGCGGCUACGGCGGCGGCUAUGGUGGCGGUUUUGGUAGCGGUCAUGGUGGUGGCCACGGUUACCUCUCCCAUCAUAAAAAGAAGUAGAUAAUUUUAAAUUUAGCGACACGCCAAUAAACAAUGCAUACCAGUGGCAUAUACAUGCCCCUUUAGAAAUUCUAAAGGCUGCCAAAUCUUCCGCCCUAAAAGUUAUUAAACAUCAAAUUAGUGCAAAGGAAUUGGGCUCAUAGAAGAAAAAACGCAUAAUAAGAAUCCGCGCAUAUAUAACAUGAUUUUCCCUUGUAUUCCCACUUUCUCUUUCCUCCCUCUUUAUUCUUCUCCAUCUUAAUUAUUCUUAUGUAUUUUCUUUUAUACAAUGUAAUUAUAAACUCUUGUUUUUUAAUGUAACUUUUAGUUUUUAGUGUGUGAUAAAAUGUGAAACAAAUGACAAAGAAUGAGAUAAUAAAUGAAAAAAAGACAAGGCGAUUUUGAAAAUCUUUAAAACAUCUUGAGAAAGGGUUCAACUUUAAAAAGAAAAAUUGUCUUUCCUUAAAACCAUUUACUAAAUUACCUGCUCUGACUGUUAAUCAAAAUACUGCCAAACUAUGCUCUAUAACCAGAAACUUGCCCGGUGAACUAUUCUUAAUGAAUUUUUUUUAGAAAACCAAUUGUUCAAUUUUCUCUUUCUCG